AUGUCCAACCUCAUCCUCGUCAUGGACCCGGAGCAGCUUGAUCAGAUCGACGAGCUGGGCCUCGAGCAAGCCGCCAUCCAGAAGAUUAUGGACGACCACCGCAAGCGGUACAACCAGGUCGCCCGUGCCGUUUGGGCGCUAACUCUUGCUGGCGGGACGGACUUUAGGGGCUUCCACGCUGUGGUCCUACGUCUCGUCUCAGAGAACAAGGUUAUCGAGGCCCUCCGCCGCGACCUUGAUCAGCAGAUCAUCAACGUGGCGGCGGCUUUGCCCGACCUCACCGACCUCAACGACGGCGGGUGCAUCAACUGCCUCGAUGUUGACAAUGACCAGGGCGAACCAAAUGGUCUCGAGCCCACGUCCGAGAUGAGCGUGAACGAGGCGCCCAACUUCAACGGGCUUGACACGGACAUGGACCAGAUGGGCCCCAACGACCUCCACGUUGCCGAGGGCGACAUGCAGCCUUUCGCGUCAUAG